UGCCUGUGGUUGGCGGACGGGCAGGGAGAUUUAAACUCGGUGUCGGUGGCUGAGGGAGGAGGGCGAGAUGGGGCUGGGGCGGCUGCCGCCGGUGCUGGUGCUGGCGCUGGUGCUGGCUGUGGGGGCCCAGCCCCAGGAUCAGCUCCCCAGGGAGUCCCACAACCUCAACUGGAACAAGUUCUCAGGGUUCUGGUACAUUCUCGCCAUCGCCUCCGACGCCAGGGGGUUCCUGCCGGGCAGAGACACGCGGAAGCUGGGGGCGGCAGUGGUGCGGGUGCACGGAGUGGGCCAGCUGCGGGUGGUCCUCGCCUUCCCCCGGUCUCAGGGGUGCCAGUCACACACGGUCGUCCUGAGGAAGGACGGGAAGAAGGCCGUGUUCCGGAACCCCUGUGCGUGUGAGGCCGGGGAGGAAGGCGGGGGGGGGGGGGGGUUGAAGGGGGUGGAGGGCUUCCGCGUGCUGACCACCGACUACAGCAACGCCGUGGUCGACCUGCGCCUGGGCCGGGCGGGCCGGCACUCCCAGGCCCUGCUGCUCUUCAGCAGACAGAACGGGACCACGUUCCCGAGCAUGAGGAGGUUCAUGGACAUCUGUGAGGUCCGGGAGCUCACAGCGGGCGCGACAGUGCUCCCCAAAGACGCCUCCUGUGCGCACACCAUCCUGCCCUGAGCCCGCCGUCCUGGUCCUGCUCUCUCCUGCGGCCGAUGUGUGGUCCCUCGACCAGGGGAGCCUUGUCGCUGAGGCAGGUCUUCCCAUCCCACCGCUUGCUGAGAGGAGGCUGGUGAGCCCAGGCCCCCGAGGGCGCGAGGCCCAGGCCCGAAGGCGUCCUCCAGGGUCACCGCCCCUCCUGGCCCGUCCCCGGGGGCGUGGCAGGAAGAAGCUGCCGCCCUCGUCUGCCGUGCAAUAGACUCGGCUGGCCCACUGCCCGCGCGCGUGUGCUUUCUGUGCAGCGCGGCCGCCGCCACCCUGCGCGCCCGUGAGGCCGACACCCUCUCAGGAAGCCACUCGCUUGUCACCAGCCUUGUGAGCACGUGUUCCGUGCCGGGCACCGCGCUAGCUCCUGGGGGCGAGCCGUGAGCAAGACAGGCGAACGCACGCCUCACAGACGGACUCCUUGUUGGGAGGGGCACGGGCGCGGGCACCCCGCACCCAGCUACAGCGGGCGCGACUCGGUCAGGGGGGCCCAGCAGUCAGGGAGGGCUUCCUGGAGGAAGUGCCACUUGAGCGAGCCGUGAAGAGUGCGGGAGCUCGGCCGGCGUGGCUCAGUGGCUGAGUGUUGACCUGUGAACCAGCAGGUCAGGGUUUGAUUCCGGUCAAGGGCACAGGCCUGGGUUGCGGGCUACUGUGACCCGUGACAUCGCCGCCUUCCCCAGCAAACCAAGAGCAGAGA